CCUAAACAAACCACAUAUAUUAUAAAUCCCUUUUUCCUCUUUCUCUAUUUCUCACAAACUCAAAAACAGAGUUACUCUGUUUUUUUCUUUGCAAGAACAGAACAACCAAAGAAAAAACAUGGGUGUUCUUGAUAAACUAUCAGAUUAUUUCUCUGUUUCCACAACAACUGGAAAGAGACGCAAACCAAUGCAGACAGUUGAAAUCAAGGUGAAAAUGGACUGUGAUGGUUGUGAAAGAAGAGUUAGGAAUUCUGUUGCUCAUAUGAAAGGUGUGAAGCAAGUGGAGAUAAAUAGAAAGCAAAGCAAGGUAACAGUUAGUGGUAAUGUUGACAGAAACCGGGUGUUAAAGAAAAUACAGAACACUGGAAAAAGAGCAGAAUUUUGGCCUUAUAUUCCCUACAAUUUGGUGGCUUAUCCUUACAUAUCACAAGCAUAUGAUAAAAAGGCACCAGCUGGUUAUGUGAAAAACUCAAUGCAAGCAUUCUCUAGUCCAAAUGCAAUGGAUGAGAAACUCACUAACAUGUUUAGUGAUGAAAACCCUAAUGCAUGUUCCAUCAUGUAAUAAUAAUGCAAUAAUUAUGGUAGUUAAUGUAAAAGGGCUUAGUUACUAGUUACCCGUUGAUAAUCAUAUAUGUUUGAAUUAACGGUGAAAUUAACAGAAUCAUAAUGACUCACUGUGAUUUAGAUAAAAAUUAUACGCUUUCGAGUUUUAGAAAAUCGCAGUGUCAGUAUCAUCAUGAUUUUAUUGAACUCACCGGAAAUUCAAGCAUACAUGAUGUAUAUUAUAUUUAUGUCUAUCGUUAUCGGCUUCUUGAUGUUCACAUGGAUCAUCAAUUUUUGGGACUUCUUCAGUUACUAGACUUAAUUAGAGGAAAUUUUAUAUGCUUUUGUAAGGUGUGUUUAGAUUUUAGAAGACUAGAUCUAGAAAUGAUGUUUUGUUGAGGAUAUAUAUAAUUAUGUUUAAUCACCACUAUUAUAUUUAAUGUCCAUGUUGUAUAA